AUGAUGGAACAAUGCCUACAGCAACACUACGACUCUGCUUCUGCUCCCGCUCAUCAUGAGGAGCUGCAGGACCUUCGUAUACAACACGAGCAAUUUGUGGACAAUGCUCAAGCUCAGCUGGCAUCCUUGCAAGCUGAGAACGUCCACUUCACAACGACGUUACAGCAUGUUAACACCACUUUGACAGCUAUGGAUAGUACCAUUCGCCAGCUGUCCCAGUAUCCGGGCCCCACUGAGCCGCAUGGAGAGGAUACACGAGGACGCGGUUUUCAGCGGCCUGCUCGACGUGCCAACACCUCUCCACCUCCGACUGAUCGUCCACCUAAACGACGGCGCAACGAGUAUAACCGUUACUAUGACCGCCGUGACCGUGAUCACUCUCCCCCGCCUCAAAUGCCAAUGGCAUCCACGCCCUCUGCGGGGGCCAUGCUACUUGCUAUGCCGCCUAGAUCAGCGGCGCCGGUCAUUGCACCUUCUCUCCCUGCCCUGUCAGUGGCUCCUGUUCCUCCUCUCCCGGUGCCCCCUCCACAGGUACAGCUACCACUACCUGUUCCACCCACCAUGCCCGUCCCUCUGCCUUUGCCUAUCCAAAUGGAUACGCGACGCAUUAUGCGUCUCGGACCCAUAGCAUGGGACUUGUCCCAGGCUCGUGCACAGCUACUAGCUAUCGUCCACGCAUCGGGAUCGCCAUCGUCAUUCCCUACAUCUGAUAUUAUCGAGACACGGCCCGACGACGACCACCAAUAUUUGUGCAUUGUUUUCCGUAGCAGUGUUGCAGCCGAUGCCUUCGUUGACGCUUGGCGUCGCAACUGUCCGGCUCAGUAUAAUUUCGUCGUCCCGCAUCUGCUUCCUCGGGGUCACUGUACUAUACGCCUGUUGUCGUGGAAUGUAAACGGACGCCUCGCUCUCAAAUUGACCGACAGCAUGUUUGUUUCGUACUUGUUCCAAUAUGAUGUCCUCCUUCUCCAGGAAACUCACCUCAGACCAGAGGAGCACGAUGUGCUCAUCUUUCCCGAGGAGUACGACAUGAUCGCGGUUUCCAGGCGGAACACACCCACGAUGCAACAACCCGGAGGAGGUGUUGCAAUCUUUUUGCGUUGUCAAAUACCGCGGAUCGUCCUCACGUCUCUCUGCACGGAUGACAUGCUCGUCGUCGAUCUGAACGUCUGUAUCCUUAUCAAUGUGUAUCUGCCCCCGGAGACAUCCCCAUGGAAUCUUCUUCCACCUGCGCAGCCUGAGCAGCGACUCAAGGAGACCUUGGCGGUCCUCGGCAGAUGCCCAGACAAACCAAUCAUUGUCGCAGGCGACCUCAAUGCACGUAUCGCAGCCUUGUCCCCAACGAAUAGCGAUCAUAUACGUCAAUCUCCCGACGUCGCAUCGCUGAAUUCACGAGGCCGCCGCAUCUUACAGCUAUGUGACGACUUCGAUCUCGACAUCGUGAAUGGCACGUCACUGCAGGUGCCAUCGUCUUUACACUCUUUUACAUCGCUCCAACCAGCAGGCUCUGCGAUCGUUGAUUACGUCCUCGCCUCAGCCCCCCUCGACCGCAUUGUGCACAGCCUCGAUAUUUUGCCUCACAGGCCUGAGUGGACUGACCACAGUGCCCUGCGACUGCAACUACAUCAUCCUACUUAUUCCACCGAGCUGCCCGCUGCUUCCAACCAUAAGCUGAAGCAACAUCGACAAUAUUCACACAUUCCUUCUUCUGCUAUGGGGCCCUCACCUUCUACUGCCCUCGACACUAUCUUACAUAAAACUCUUCUCGCAGUAGAGACGCCAGAGGCAGCCCUGCAACGACUGUAUGGACCGGUCUACAUUGAUACUCCUCCGGUCUCAGUCUAUACUGAUGGCUCGUGUAUGCGUCAAGGCACUCCCACCGCUGCAGCAGGUGCUGGGGUUUACUGGGGUCCAAAUAAUACCCGUAACAAUAGCAUACGCGUACCGGGUGAUCAGACCAACAACCGAGGUGAACUCUUUGCAAUUCUGCAUGCUCUCAUGGUGACAAGUCCCAGCCGUACUCUUCGUCUUUAUACUGAUUCAACAUACUCCAUCCAUUCACUCUGCCACUGGGCUCCCCAACAUGCAUCUCUUGGCUGGAGCUGCGCAAAUGCAGAUAUCAUGCGCGAUGCUGUUGCAUUCCUCACAUGGAGAAUCGCACCGACUGUCUUCAUCUGGAUCAAAGGACAUGCCGGAAAUGCACAUGCUGAUGCUGCAGAUGCUCUUGCAAAGCAUGCAACAGUCCUCCCAUUGCACGAUAACGACUACUGUUCCCCCGUCCUGCCACCACCACUUGACACUUCGUCUUAUGGCACAACUCUCUCGAUGCCUAAGGUCACCACGAACCUGUUGCCACUUCCGUGCUCUCCACCACACUGCAAUCCUUCUCCCAAGCUUCCCACUCAUGUGUCUCAUCGAGGCAGGACUCGACUGCGACAUAUGAUGGAUUGCAAUAAGGAGAAGCUACUGCAUUGUGCCAAUGAUCGUGCAUUUUGGUCGCUUAUCCGUCAGUGGACUAAUACGCAACCGAGACCUGCUCAAGUCACUGUCGACCAAUUACACGACGUUUUUCGUGCACGAAUGAAUCCGCCGGAAGCAUUUCCUGUCGAAUUUAAUGACGUGCGGCAUGUUCUAAAUCAUUGCUGUGCGAACUUGCUACCACAGCGUACCGUGGAUACUACUCCGCAGCGAUUUUUCAGUCGCGCAUUUACCAUUGACGAGAUAGCGCAUGCUAAGGCACACAUUAAGCUUCAUUCCUUACGUUCAGCGCGUGGAGCAGAUCGUGUCGCAUAUAUCACAAUUCUUGCCAUCCCGAACGAACAGCUUCUACUUCUCUUCGAGCAGUGUCUCGCCCAAUGUGAUGCACCGCAAAUCUGGCUUACCUCUCUUCUCGCAGCAAUUCAAAAAAAAGGAAAGUCUGCAGCCGAUCCUGCUGGCUACAGAACCAUCGGGCUGGAAAGCUGCUUAUUGAAACUGCUCACCCUUCUCAUUGAUCGACGCUUGCGAGCAUGGUCUGAUGCUGGCGGGAUUAUCCCCCCCUCGCAAAAUGGAUUUCGUGCGAAUCAUCGCACAAACAACAAUGCGUUCAUCUUGCGCACAGCUAUUGAGACUGCCCGCUCCAAGGGUCAGACUCUUUAUGUCGCCUUCGUCGACCUCACGAAUGCAUUUCCUUCCGUCGAUCAUGCUACCUUAUGGGUAAAACUACAGCAGCUUGGUGCUUCGGGGCCACUCCUCGACUGGCUACGUAUGCUCUUAAUAAAGUCGCAAUAUGCAGACCUUGUAGGGGACUCAAAUAACAGGACAGAAGAGCUGGGCAAUACAGCUAGAGUCCAGAAGUGA